AUGGGUCUGGAUUCACUCUCCUACACAGCACCGUCCCGGAUAAAGGCCCUACUGUGUCCGCUCGGGAGGAUCAAGCGGUCUAGAUUCCUCCACUUUGUAGAGCGCCUUCAGAGCUCAAAUGUGGUGAGGCUCGGGGAUGUCACCCCAGACACAAAGCCAAACCGGACAUUGUUCAGUCCCCAGGGUUUUCCGAGCGGUCAGAUUGUCUACGACCUCACAACAUCGUUGGAUCGCGAACAUGAAUAUCUGGAGGGUUUCGAGCUCUACCGCCGUACAUUCCUGGUCAUUGCGAUAGCGGAUCAUAUGGAGGAUAAUGAUUCAGAAGCUCUCUCUACGCAGCUCGAGGAAUUGAAGUUCUUGUACCCUCGCGCUCUCUACCAUGUCUGCCUCAUCUUUGAUUCCCCGCCUCUCGUCUCAAUAACUCCGCCAGAAACCACCCCGCACUCAAAGGACGCACACGAUGAACGACAGGUGUUCAUCCCCGUACCCACGCAGAAGGAGGCCCGAAACAAUUCCAUGCGAACGAUAAUGUGCGAUAUCACUACUGUGCUGCUAUCUGAGCUUGGUGGGUUUGCGCGUUCGGUCCAAGGGCUCCCGACCAUUGAGUCGCCGCUGUCGACCGAUGGGCAGCCUGGCGGCCCGCUUGGGCCCAGGGACCAGAGGAUGAGCAUGCCAGCGGGGCUUCUAGGCUCAAAUCUGGGUGUGGGAGGGACGAGUGCGGCUGCGGCAAGUAAGAGGAUGACAAUGACGGGGUUCGGGAGUGCCAGUGCCAGCGAGAGGACAAGGAACAAAGGAAAGGGGAGAAUUGUGAUUGCAGUCGCCGGAUUAUACCUAAUGACGGGGAGGCUACCGGAUGCGCUGAAGGAGUUCAUAGAGGGGGCUGAGGCUGCAAGGACAAGUAGUGAUCAUUUGUGGUAUGGGAAGGCACUAGAGGGUAUUGGGAUUUGUAUGGUUUUACUUCUUCACCUGAAAGUUGACUUCCAGAUUCCCAGCAUUCCGUUACCCACCGUCGAGACUCUCAAGGGCGCAAGGUCCUCCCCCGCCGGAUCCAAGCCCGGAACCCCCAUCCCCGGCCAAAGCGGUGAUCUUGGGGAAAACUACUCCGUAUCGCCGGAUAAGAUUUUCAUGCUCUUGAAUGAGCAUCUUGACAUCAUCCUGAACCAAUACUCGCGUUCCUCCAUUAUCCCUGCCGAAAGUAUUCCUCAAAUUUGCUUUUCGGAGACUGUGAUUAGGUUCUGUAAGUUCAGGGCGUCAUGCUAUCUGGCAAGCGGACUGAACGAUGAAUCUCUCGCCCACAUCGUGCUCAAUACCCCAAUUCCUCCCACAAAAAUGUGGAAAGCCGUCCCCAUUCGCUCCGAGAUUGCAACGACAGUAAUGCGCGCAUACCCGUUCCCUGUAGAGAACAUGACGGCUCUAGACGCCACGCGGGUGCUCAGUGGAAUCGCAAGUGUCCUCGGUGCAAUUGGUGCAAGGCGCCGGAAAGCACUUGUAACGAGAGAGUUAGUGAAGAUAUUGAUCCCUGGGCUGAUCCAAGCCCGAGUCGUGGGUGCUGCGGAAGUAGGCGUGCACCCUGCUGCGGGCCUAAGUGCGAUAAGUGGAGGAGCCCUGGGUGGUUCCCCAUUAGAUUUAGGAGAAGGUGACGCAGAGAGCGGUAUCAUGGAGCUGCUAGAAGAUCUCUGUAGAGCUUAUGGGGUGCUUCCUACUGGGACAAGAGAAGAUCCCCCUGUAGCAACUGAUGAGGAUGGCGCCGACGCUUUUAGAGCGGCUAUGGCAACUGCGGAUGUGAUUGCAGAACAAGAAAUAAGAUCGUUUGGGUGGCCGGCAUUGAAGAUUCAUGUUCUACGGAAUUGUACGGCGCUUUGCGAAGCCCUGCCGGAUUUUCAUGGAGUUUUGCGGUUCACGGCGCAGCUGCUGCGGACUGCAGACAAUGAUCUUACGAAGGAGGAGCAAAUGCGGCUUUCUACAACUAUCUCACGAACAGUUGGUGCUGCACGGAAGCUCGGGCUGCCAAAUGUCGAGGCCGGAUAUUGGGAUCAGUUCUUGCUGCGAGAUGUGGAAGUUGUGGAGAAUAGCAUGUGGAGGCCCCCAAUAGCGCAUUCAAAAAAUGAGCUGAUGGAUGCCGAUGCAGAUGCACCGCCUUCAGCGCCUAUAGAGGUGGACAAGAACCCGUUUAUCUACAACCCUUUCCUGAAGAAGGCAGAGGCUGCAACGGUGGAUCAGGUACUUGUUACUGGGGAAGCGGCAGAGUUCAGAGUAACACUUCAGAACCCCUUCGAAUUCGACAUCGAGGUCGAAAGUGUCACUUUGGACACCACAGGCGUCGAGGUCGACGUACAGCCUGUGGGUGUUGUUAUAAACCCAUUCAGAACGUAUCAAAUUGCAGUAUUUGCGACACCAAAAGCCGGCGGAAGCAUCAAGAUCCUUGGAUGCAAGAUCAAGGUAUUUGGGUGUGUCGAAAGGUCAUUCCCCAUCUUUACAGAAGGCCUGGAUAAUCGGGAGCGUGAUAUCAAGACCAAAAGGUAUGGCUUGAAGGCCGCCGAACCGAAAAACACAAGACCCGUCUCGGCGAUCUCAGCAACCCAACGAUCUUCAAGAGUUCCUGCUCCGCUACACCCCAUACCAAAAACACUCUCUUUAACGGUCGUUGACCCACAGCCGCUGUUGGUGGUCAAGUCUACAAGUCUUUCCCAAAGUGCGCUGAUGGUACUGGAGGGAGAAAGGAGGGUUUUCGAUAUCACAUUCAACAAUUUAAGUGCGACUGAUGUGGACUUGUUGGUCUUUAGUUUUAGAGACUCAACUACAGGGAGGAUCCAGCAGGCAUUAAAUGAAAAGGGGAACAGUCCGGCGGAGAUGUACGAGUUGGAGCUGAUGCUAGCCAAGAAGAGGGCAUUUACUUGGCAUAAGCGCGACAAGACACCAAGGAAGGUGCUGGAAAUGGAAGGUUCCAGCGGGGAAAUAAUUGAGGUUGAGGAUAGUGCAAGUAGUGAUGGGGCUGGAGAUGCAGGAGCCAAGACUGGGGAUGCGGAUAUCAAGCCUGAGGUCAAUGGGAAAGUGGUAAAACGAAACCAGGAAAAGACGAUAUUUGUCCCUGGUUUUGGAAAGGCAACAUUCGAGAUCAUGGUACUUGGGAAGCCUGGCUUGACGCACGGAAGCGUUCAAGCAGAUUAUGGACACUUGGGGAUGCACAGGAACGAGGUUGCGGACAAGUUCUACACAAGACAGGUUGUUUUCCCUGUCACUGUCACUGUAAAUGCAAGUAUCGAACUCGCAAGAGUAGAUUUCGUCCCAUUCAGUACAGAUCUCCAGUUCGAGUCCAUUCCUGGGGGUACUAAAGAUGAUAACGAGCGGGAAAAGCCAGAAGGCGUGGGACAAGAAGGACAAUUCAAAGAGCUCUUCAGGCGGAUGGGAGUUAAAGAUGACCCUGGCGAGUACUGUCUCAUGUUGCUUGACCUAAGGAACGCCUGGCCGCAGGCAUUGAAGAUAAAGCUUUACGCCCGGGACUCGCCCGCAACUGAUGAAGAUAGCGAAGAAAGCUGGAAUGGCUCUUUCUACGCCGAAGACGUGCUACAGGCAGGUCAUACAUCGCGGGUAAUACUUCCGAUCAAACGGAUAUUCUUGGCCGAGCCAACCGCAGCGAUCCCAUCCCUCUCGGCUAGUCAGCGACAAUUUGUGGUCAGCACUGCCAAGGUUACCGCUGAACAGGAGAGGCAAACAAGAGAGGCAUUUUGGUAUAGAGAAGAAGUCUUGAAGUACAUCCGGGGUACAUGGGAGGAAGUGGGGACAACUAGAGUGGGCGAUAUUGAAUUGAGGGGCAUCAGGCUCAGCCAACGGAUGGUUGAAACAAUCAGAGUUGAGGAUAUUGGCAUCAAUAUUGGUGUCAAAGAGUCAAGUUCUGAGGACAUGGUGGAGGGAGUUGAUCCAGUUAUGCGCAGAAUUGGGCCAUCGAAAUACCUUGUCGCCACAGACGAAUUCUUAACUCUUACAACAAAGUUAACGAACCGAACUAAUCGAACCGUAAAGCCUCUUCUACGUCUACUUCCGGCGCUCCGAAACCAAGCCACAACAAUUGCAUUGGAUCUCACUAGACGACUCGCGUUCAAUGGGCUCUUGCAGCAGAGUCUGCCAGCCUUAAAACCGCAGGAGGAAUUCACUGUAGAAAUGGGAUUUGUCGCGCUAUGUAGAGGGGAGUUUGAGAUCAGCGGGAGUGUAGAAGAGAUCAGGACUGCAGAAUCAACCCCUGACGAUCUCAAAGGCGAUGGGGAGCUAGGUCCGGAUGGCAUUCCAGUCGACCUUAUUUCAAAGAUGAUAGGAAGGAAGACGUGGGUAUCGAGAGAGAUGUGUGUAAUUGUCGCAAGAGAUUUGGAUUAG